UUUGCGUGGACCUGAUUGGUGGAAAUCCCUCUGCUCUGUGCACCAAUGAUGUUAAGAGCUGUACAAAGAGAUCUACUCUGUCUCAGUGAGAAGCGUCAGCUCAGAAGCGCUACAAUGUCCUGCACAAGAAGAGACGGAUGCAGACACGAAGCAUGAAUUUUACUGUUGAUUUCCAAGCCUCGUCUGCGUUGGAUUACAAACAAUAUCUUCAGUUCAGAGGUUGGGACUGGGGUGAAACGAUAUGGAGCGUGCGGGACGUGGAAUAAUGUGGAACAAAUUGUCAACAUGGCAGGUGCUUCUGUGGUGGCAUAAUUUCUUUAUCUUGUGGAGUACAAUAGACGCGCAGACUCGCUACAGCAUCCCUGAGGAGCUGAAACGGGGAUCCGUGGUGGGAAAUAUAGCCAAAGAUUUGGGUUUGCUUGUGCCUGAACUGCUUCGGCGUAAAAUGCGGAUAACCUCGGAGGCUGGUAAGCAGUAUUUUAAUGUAGACUUGGGAAAGGGAGAGCUGCUGGUGACCGACAGAAUAGACAGGGAGGAAUUGUGUGGACAAAGGCCGUCCUGUUUGCUGCCUUUGGAGCUGGUUAUAGAUAACCCGCUGCAGGUGCACAGAGUUGAAAUUGAAAUACAGGAUACGAACGAUCAUUCCCCUAGUUUUCUCACUAAAGAGAAAGUGGUGAAAAUUGCGGAGUUAGUAAAUCCAGGUGCGCGGUUUCCCUUAGAGAGUGCCACUGAUCCUGAUGUCGGUGCUAAUUCUGUACGCACGUAUCUCAUAAGCAAAAAUGAGCAUUUUAAAUUGACAGUUAAAAAUCUUAAAGAUGGGAGAAAAAUUCCUGAACUGGUGCUUGAAAAAGCUCUUGAUCGAGAGACGCAGGCUGUACACAACCUCGUCAUUACAGCUGUGGACGGGGGAGAUCCGGUGCGUUCAGGGACGUCAGAAAUCACAGUUAUAGUUCUCGAUAACAAUGAUAAUGCACCGCAAUUUGAAAAACAAGUAUAUGAAGCUAACGUCAGCGAAAGGUCUGCAAUUGGAACCGAAAUCCUGCAGGUUAAAGCUUCAGAUGCAGAUGAAGGACUGAAUGGAGAAAUAGAAUAUGUGUUUGCAGAGCAAACUUCAGAUAUUAUUUUAUCCUUAUUUGACAUCAACCCAUCCACUGGGGUUAUUACUGUCAAAGGGGUUUUAGACCAUGAAUCAAAUUCUUUACACAGAUUCGAUAUAACUGCAAAAGACAAAGGAAGUCCGGAAAUGGACGGUCAUUGUGGAGUGGAAAUCAAAAUAAAUGACAUCAAUGACAAUAAUCCUGAAAUAGUUGUUACCUCUUUAACAACACCCGUUCCCGAAGACUCUGCAAUUGGAACAGUCAUUGCAAUCAUAAGCACAAGAGACGCAGACUCAGGUGACAAUGGGAAAGUGACAUUAACGUUGUCACCCAAAUCCCUGUUCAAAUUAAACCCAUCGAUCUCAAAACAUUUUUCACUAGUCACAAAUGGUCCACUUGACCGUGAAAAAAAUAGCCAGUAUAGUAUUAAGAUAACCGCCUCUGAUUCUGGAAAACCGCCAUUAACAAGUGAAAAAACAAUAAUAGUUCAACUUUUGGAUGUAAAUGACAAUCCACCAGUUUUCUCUCAAAAAUUGUACACAGUUUAUGUUAAAGAAAACAAUGAUCCAGGGAUGAUUUUGUGCUCGGUAUCAGCAUCUGAUCUGGAUUCUGGUGAAAACGCAAAGAUCUCUUACUCCAUACUGGACUCUAAAGUGCAGGACGUCUCUGUCUCGUCUUAUGUUUACAUUAACUCAGAUAACGGGAGCAUCUACAGCAUGCACUCGUUUGACUAUGAGAAGCUGAAAGUGUUUCAGAUUCAGGUUCAGGCAAAGGACCAGGGCUCUCCCUCUCUCAGCAGCAACGCCACUGUCCAUGUUUUCAUCCUGGACCAGAACGAUAAUACCCCCGCUGUUAUUUACCCCUCCUCCGCUGCCCUGGGCUCCCUCUCUCAUCAGAGGAUGCCCCGCUCCGCUAAAGCGGGUCACCUGGUUACUAAGGUAACAGCCGUGGACGCUGAUUCGGGCCAUAAUGCCUGGAUCUCAUACAGACUAGCGGAGGCCACAGACGCCUCUCUGUUCACCGUCAAUCAGUACACAGGAGAGGUGAGGACUAAACGCGCUGUGUACGAGCAGGACGACUCCUCUCAGAGGCUGCUGAUAGAGAUCAAGGACGACGGGCAGCCGGUUCAGUCUGCCACCGCCACGGUGUCCAUCCUACUGGAGGACGGUCUCCACGAACCCAUUUUAGACCUCCGACACAAAAUGUCCGAGCCCAGCAAGAAAACUGGCAGAAUCACCCUUUAUUUGAUUCUGUCUCUGGCCUCAGUGUCCGUGCUGUCUCUGGUGACUUUUCUCAUCCUGGCGGUGAAAUGCAUCAGGGGCAGCAGAAGCAGCGGGAGCUGCUGCAUGAGAAGGAGCGACUGUGAUGAUUACAAGAACCCCAACAGAAACCUGCAGAUUCAGCUCAACACUGAUGGACCUAUAAAAUACGUGGAGGUCCUGGGAGGAGACAUGAUGUCUCAGAGUCAGUCGUUCAGGUCCUGCAUGUCUCCGAUGUCAGAGUACAGUGAUUUCACAUUGAUCAAACCCAGCAGCACCACAGACUUUAAAGAAGUCAUCAGUGUUCUGGACGCGUCUUUACCCGACAGCACCUGGACCUUUGAGAGCCAACAGGUGAGCUAAUUCAACGUUGGCCAGGUUGUGUCGAAAAAUAU